AUGGAAAGAUUGACGGCAGUAACAUUUGUCCUUCUGCUUUCAUGUAUCUGCAGCACAUUAGGACAAACAUGUGAAGGAAACUGUGGGGAAAAAAUGGACUUAUGCUCAUGUCACCCAACCUGUACAUCUCUGAAGACCUGCUGUGCAGACUACAAAGAGUACUGUGUGGAAAUCUUUCCAUAUUCUGGGACCACUUUUGGUGGGACAGAUUUUAUUGUCCUUGAUGUAACCUUCAAUAAGAGUUCGGCAAUUAUAUGCAGGUUCAACAAUAAUACCAAUACUGUGGGGUAUGUAGAUGAAAACAGUAGAGGCCAUUGUAUCUCCCCACUACUCUAUGAAACAGGAUGGAUCCCUCUGCACAUCUCCUCAGAUAACGGCACUACAUUCAACAGAGUUGGAGCCUGGAUGUCAGCGCAUAGUGGCAAGUUAGAUUCUCAGUUCAAGGCGAUUCUGGUCAACUCAACAAAAUGGCAGUACUAUGGCACACCUAAUGUUGGAGGCACUCUUGAGAUGACUUGGAAUACCUCUCUGGUCAGAGCUGAGAGGGUCAACAUAGAGCUCUGGGGAUACAGGGAGACCGGAGAUCCCUAUUCAGACCACUGGCAGGGUGAGUGGGAGUAUCUGUACUCACUUGCAAAGGAUCAUCCCAACAAUGGUUCUUUUAGCUUUUUGCCCAAGCCAGCAGAGAACGGCUUUUCAAGUUGGGAGCUCGGCUCUGUGCGCGUCAGCCCCAGUACCUACUCUGAUGGCAUGUGGAAUGUACAAGCUGCAUGGACAGAGGAUCAUGCUCUAGCUUGGCAUCUGGAGGAGAGUUUCAGGAAGAACUCAACAGUUUGGGCCCUGGAGAAAUGUUUAGCAUGGGACCAGCUGGAAAAUCAGCUGCCCAACUUCCUCAGUGAGAUCACAGACUGCCCCUGCACCCUAGCUCAAGCGAGAGCAGACACCGGGAGGUUUCACACUGAUUAUGGCUGUGACAUAGAGAAAGGGAGUGUGUGCACCUACCACCCUGGGAGUGUCCACUGUGUGAGGGCGAUACAAGCCAGUCCUAAGUAUGCAGCAGGACAACAGUGUUGCUAUGACAGCACUGGUGCUCAGGUCUUGACUGCAGACUCGAUUGGGGGUAGUACACCAGACCGAGCACACGACUGGGGCUCACCUCCCUACAAGAGACCUCCUCGAAUUCCUGGACAUUCCCACUGGGUCUAUGACGUCCUUAGUUUCUACUACUGCUGCCUGUGGUCGGACAACUGCCACUACUACUUCAAACACCGGCCUUCCAGUGACUGCAGGCGUUACCAGGCACCCAGCUCAGCUGUGGUGUUUGGAGAUCCCCACUUCAUAACAUUUGAUGGUGUCAGCUACUCCUUCAAUGGCAAGGGCGAAUACACUUUGGUGAUCUCGACAAAUAAAAAAUUGACAAUCCAGGGCAGAACAGAGCCUGUGAAUGAAACCAUAAAAGCAACGCAGUUAUCAGCGGUGGCCAUGAAAGAAGCUUCGUCUGAUGUUAUUGAGGUGCGGCUUGUCAGCGGUCACAACGGUCUUGAAGUGCUGCAGAAUCAAAAGACCCUGUCCUUUACUGAGCAGAGCUGGAUGGACCUGCAUGGUGUCUUUGUGUUUUCUCCUACCUCAACAAAUGUGACCGUGAUGUUCCCCUCUGGAGCCGGGGUGGAAGUGCGACUGAGAGAGGGAACCAUGACAACCACUGUGCUCCUGCCAGAGGAGUUCAAAGACUCUACUCUGGGACUGCUGGGAAAGAUGAACGGUGACGCCAGGGACGACCUCAUCCUCAGCAACGGUCAACUUGUGAGGAACCACAGCAAUCCAGAAGAGGUGUUCAGCUUCGGGGCAAGCUGGGCUGUAUCCAACCAGUCCGCCUUGUUCACGUAUGAUUCAGAAUAUCUUUUGGACACAUAUUGCUAUGUUCCUAGACAUGACCACAGUUUUAUUCCAGUGUUUUCUGUCCCGGAGAGCCCAGAUGACCCAUUAAACAGUCAGGUGUCUGAGAUAUGCUUUGGGGAGGGAUCAAAGUUCUGUAGGUAUGAUAUCCUUGUAGGCCGUAGUCCAAGAAUGGGAAAUGCUACCAGGAUGUCUUUCCAGAGUCACAUUUCUCUUGUGGAUGAUCUAAAGCCAGUGGUAUCCUGUGGUUGGCUUUCACCACCAAACAAUGGGAAGAAGGAGGGGACCACGUACUUACAAGGAGCUAAGGUUCGGCUUUCCUGUGAUGAUGGUUACACUCUCAAGGGAUCAGAAGUGCGCGAAUGCCAGGCGAAUGGCCAGUGGUCUGGAGAGGAGACAAGCUGCGUGGUUCCUAGUAAUCUCGCAGGAAUUGUGGCUGGUUCAGUCAUUGGAGCUGCAGCACUGAUUCUAAUUAUAACAUCAAUCGUACUCCUCUCCAAAAAACAGAAAAGAAAAUCUGCACUUUCGAGGGAAGCAAGUGAGGCCUUCUAA